CCCAUGCGUCGCCGCAUAAUCAAGACAAUUAUUCCUUUUCCUUUUUCCUAUCGUUUUUGAUACUUAUCCUGCUCUCUGCCGUCCAAUCGAUAUGAUCUUCUAGACCCCUUUCCGCCAGUUUAACCAUGGAUAGACAGCCCAAGACCCCCGGCCGAGCUCCCAGCAACAUCCCACGGUUAUCCUCCAGAUUACCAGUGCCGACUACAUCCAGAUCCGUGAAACCUUCUCCGUCUCGGGAACGGCUCAGAGCUGACCCGGGUCUUGACCUCACGAGACUGCGGAGGCCGUCCGAGGAGACCGAAUUCAAAAAGCCGCCGCUUCCUAAGAUCCCUCCCCUACCUAAACCUCAAAACAAUGGGAAAGAUGCAUCUCAUCUGCGAACAAGUGUUGGAACAACAAUUGUGGAAGGGCCCCCGAGCUUUGAGACCACCCAUGAUGAGCACGGAAUGGAGACGCGAGGCCGUGCAAGAGUGACACGACCCUCUUUGUCAGAGCGGACCAUUGAGACUCUAUCUCAAAUCCCACCGUCCCCUGGAUCUUUGAAAAAAAGAGAUGGAUUCUUUUAUUCAGUCAGUCCAAUACGUUCGCCUUCGCGUGCAUCAUCGGGGAUGAGUCAUUCCAGGUCACCAUCUAGGCCUCCGUCAGCCCAACAGAAUGGAACCGACCUGCUCCCACAACCCCCCACUACCAUGCGCUUACCGUCGAGGUCACGCAUGUCGACUGGACCUUCCUUGACGUUGAAUCAUACGUCGACUGAUCGCAGAUCUAUCACCUCUGCCAAAAGCCCCUCUAGGUUGAAGAAGCCCACUCCGAGAACGAGUUCCGGCCCGGGAGCGCUGUCAUCCAAUACCGCUACUCCCCCGAGACGAUCUGAAACGCUCUCACCAAUUAAACCAGUGUACAAUGGAUCUAAGAAUACCAGUUCGAAGGCACCGGAAGCCUGCCCAGCCUCGAGCAAAGCAUUCAAGAGACCAUCUGAGCCAGUGAUGGACUCUUCACAGCACACCAUAUUUGUCAAAAAGACACGGGCCCGGUCAAGUAUUUCGUCGACUACUAACUCGCCUUCGUCUUCUUCUGUUUCUAAGCCAUCCUCAGUCUCGUCUGACAAUACAGCACUAGAACGGCAAGAUGAAAGCGAAAUGAGAAAGGCUUCUAAAUCUUCUACUGCUCUGCGGGAGACAAUUGCAAAGGCUAAAGCUGCGCGAAAAGCGUCAAAGGGGGGAGCUGCGCAGGCUGGAUUUGUUGAUCCUUGGGAAAGUAUCGAGAUCCACGACCCCUUCAGCCAGCGACCCAAGGAGGACCAAACCAAGGUUCUACUUCGAAAGCGAGUAGAAACUGCGCGGACUUCAGGCCAUCUGAAUAUUUCCGCACUGGCUCUAAAAGAGCUACCAAAUGAAGUGAUGACUAUGUACGACUUCGACCCGAACUCCACUGCGGGCUGGUACGAAAGCGUAGACCUUGUCAAGUUGAUUGCUGCCGACAAUGAACUGACCGAACUCACCGACACCGCAUUUCCUGAUGUUGACCCCUAUGCAUUGGAUCCGGAUGCUGAUGAGAGAGGCAAUCAAUUUGGAGGGUUAGAAGUACUGGACCUUCAUCGAAACUCACUCCAGUCUCUUCCCAUAGGGUUCAGGAGAUUGCAGCGAUUGCACACCUUGAACCUGUCGAAUAACAAACUGAGAAUGGAUGAUAUCCAUGUUGUGAUGGAAAUCGAGACUCUUACUGAUCUGAAGUUGGCAAACAAUGCCUUGCAAGGCUCAUUUACUUCCGCAAUCAGUCAACUCAGUGAUUUGGAAACUCUAGACCUCCACGGCAACUCUCUCACAGAUCUUCCCGAGACAUUGGUGGGUUUGACCUCCCUUAAAGUGCUGAACGUUGGUGAAAAUCAGCUCGAAACUCUACCAUUUGAAAAUUUGAGCAAACUUUCAUUGAGAGAACUGAGUGCCCCGAAAAAUAAGUUGAAGGGGACUUUGAUUCCGACCACCGUACACCAGUUGCAAAAUUUACAAACUCUCGACGUCUCUAACAAUUCAUUGGAAAUGCUUUCCGAGGAUGAGAAACUUGACUUUCCCAGUCUCCAAACUUUGUCAAUAGCCUACAAUCGUAUAACGAGUCUACCUGACGUAUCAUCUUGGCAGGCUCUUCUGACCCUGUCAGCGGAGGAUAAUAAUAUAACAGAUUUCCCUCGAGGAUUCGUUGAUUUGAAAAGGCUCAGAAACGUUGACUUGUCAGGAAACGGGAUUUCACGGUUAGACGAAAGGAUUGGACUGAUGGAUAGUCUCACCGUAUUCCGGAUUGCCAACAACCCAAUCCGAGAACGGAAGUUCCUGAAUAUGGGUACUGAGGAUCUCAAGAACGACCUAAGGAAUCGUUGUCAACCAGAGGUCCUAGAGACGGAUGACGAGGAGGGUUCUGUGGCGACACAGUUCACUCUUGCUCCUGAAACCCAAGCUGAGGAGACCUCCUGGCAGGUUAAAUCUGGUGGCGUCCUUGACAGGUCGCACACUGAUAUGAGCGAGUUCAACGUGGAUAAUCUUGAACCGAUAAUUUCCCAGGACAUCCGAUGUCUGUAUCUGCAUCACAACGAGCUCCACAGCUUUCCGACUCCAGCACUUAGUAUGAUCGCGGAUGGUUUGACAGACCUUGACCUCUCGAACAAUCCGCUGAAUGAUGACACGCCUCUCGCUAUAUCCUUGACGCUCCCUAAUCUACGAACUCUCAACCUGGCUUCUGCAAGCCUGAAGUCACUUGAACCCUUAUUUAUGAAUCUGUCGGCUCCUUCUCUCACCUUCCUUGACGUAUCCUACAAUCGUCUAACAGGACCUCUUCCGUUUAUGCGACAAAAAUACCCAAAGCUGUUGACGUUCCUGGCAGCUGAUAACCAGAUUAGUAGUCUGGAAUUUGAGGCAGUGCAGGGUCUCCAAGUUCUCGAUGUGAGUAACAACAAUAUCAAUUCUCUUCCGCCAAAAAUUGGCCUGCUGCGUGCCGAAGGUUCCAGUAAAAACUGGGGCGGUGGAUCGGCCCUGAAAAGGUUUGAAGUUGCAGGCAAUACCUUUAGGGUUCCUAGGUGGCAGAUUGUUGCCAAGGGGACUGAUGCUGUCCUGGAAUGGCUAAAGAACAGGAUCCCUGAAGAUGAGCUUCUUCAAUGGGAAUCAUGA